GUUCGUUACGCAUCGGGUAACGGGUUCGUGACACCGUGAAUACGCGGAAUGACUUCAUCGACAGGGAAUCGCUAAUCGCUUCGUCUUUACAGGAAAAAAUUCCCUUCACCGAGAAUGUGUCCAAGUAGAAAUAAAUCGUGAUUGGUGAAGAAAUCACUAAGAGGAGUUCCCAACAUGGGGAGAUGGACAAUCUUGGUGGAUUUGUGCUUCCUUCUGGCCGUCAUUUUGUGUACAGGACCAGUUGGCAGUAGGAUAGUCCAAGUUUUCAUUCCGGAUUCCAAGAGUACCGUGCCGCAUUCAGCACUGCAGGCUCACAACAAGUACCGCGCCAUGCACCAUUCGUCCGUGCUCAACUGGAGUGACAGCCUGGCGGCUCAGGCCCAGGCCGUCGCGGACAAGAUGGCCGGUCGCGGUUCGUUCCUUACUGGUCAGCGCGAUAUGGCGCUCAACAUGGGACAGAACCUCGCCAAGCUAGCGGGUUUUAUGAGCUGUGAUGACGCGGGUGAGAUCGCUACGAAUUUGUGGUACAGUCAGGCGCGAAACUACAGCUAUUCCGAUCCCAGGCUUAACGCCGACACGGACACUUUCACACAGGUCGUGUGGCAAAACACGAAAGAAUUCGGAGUCGGCUGCGCGCGCAGCGCAGAUAACAGCUCGGGCCCAGUCUACGUGGUCGCGCUGUACAAACCGGCGGGAAAUAUACCAAGACUUCUUCGCGAGAACGUACUCGCCCCAGGCGAGCGCGGUGGGCACACAGACGUUUACUCGACCUUGUUCAAAAGACACUUUAAAGGUGAUACAAGUCAGGGGAAGAUUUAUUGAAUUAGGUAUCAAAGACACGAUGAAAUGUACAGCCUAUCACGUGGGGGAGCUCGACCCAUUUUAAGCACGGUCAAAACCUCGCCCAUUGAACUUCUCGUCGUUUGGGGGUUUCUUUACCCUCAAAACACACGGAACUACACGGAAACGCAGUAUUGCGCUUCGGAUAAAAAAAUUCGCACUCAGUAUACGAUAAAAUUUAUCACAUAGCGUGGAUUUAUUUAUUUAACAAAUACUGUAUUUUUUCGAAUAAGCGCCUCCCUCGAAUAAGUGCCCCCUAGUAAAUAUCAUUAUCUGUUGCUGUUCAUAUUCAAAAUACAAACACGAGAGUUCUGUACGGAUAUAGAGACAGGGAAACUGUUGUAGUAGUACUAAUAUUAAAGGCCUUUUGCGUGAGCCUCGUCCUUUUAAAUAAGCGCAACCCUGAGAGUCGAUUAUUCGAGAAAAUAUGGUAUACUUUGUGUUAGUCCAUCUUUAGUGCUUAGAGGAUAAAUAAGCAGGAAAGGAACAAGCUUUGUUCUCAAAUAAAAGCCAUGCACACAUCAUUCAGCUUACAUUAAUAGAAAAUAAAAUACUAAAAUACGCUGUA